ACUCUGAAGUACUCACACUUCCUCACUCCUUCAAACACUCAGCAUAUUUAUACAUUCUCUAAUUUGAUCAAAUGAUCCCAUAGACUACUUCAAAUUCAAAUAGGGAAUCCCAAUUUAUAUAUCUUCAAUCUAGGAAGAUGAGAUAUAUGUGCCAGGCCAUGGUUGCUCUUUUUAACUUCCUUGUUUGUUGUUCAUUCAUGCAUGCAGCAAGAAGCUGGCCGGGGGUGGACCUAACCUUUGGAUUCAAUGAAGUUCCUUUGAACAGCUCCAACCUUGUUAUUCAGAAGCCUUAUGAUUUGCCUGAAAGCGCUCGCUAUAGCUUUGUCUAUGGAGUACACAAGCUGUGGGUGUAUUCCACCGAUAAACCUCACUCCGUAACUAGCAAAACCAAUCCCCGAACAGAAAUCCGUAUUACAGGCUAUGAUUAUUCAUCCGGGGUGUGGCAAUUUGAAGGGCAUUUCUUUGUGCCGGAUUGUACUUCCGGCGUGUGCAUUAUGCAAGUGUUUGGGGCAGCUCCGCCUCAUGCCACCACUCUUAUGCUCAGAACCUACAAUGGUUCACUUUCAUACUAUCGGACUCCAGUUUUGGUGCCAAAUAUUUGGGGAAAAUGGAUUAAAUUAAAUGUGAUCCAUGAUAUUGAUGCCUCAAAUGUGAAGAUUUACAUUGAUGGAGUUUUUGUUCAUGAGGCGAUGGGACGCAGUGGGGUCUCCCAUUACUUCAAGUGCGGAGUUUACGCACAAGAUGAUGCUUCUUACCGUAUGGAAUCCCGUUGGAAAGGAAUUAGAGUUCUAAAAAAAUGUUUGUAACAUGAGUUCGAGAAUGCGGAUGAAUUUCAUGUAAAGUAAUAAGUUGGAAGAAAAUCAAUUAGUGAAAAAAUGUCCCAUAAAUUUUUUUUUA